UCUCUUCCAUAUACCGCACCAGCAUUGUCGAUCGCUGUUGAGCAUGUGCACAAGAUAUACAAUGGAGCCAUACGAUUCAAUACUGAAUAUGUUCAGGAUCGGAACUGUGGGGACCUUACCGGCAAUGUCGCUGCAAUGUCGGCCGGUAUUUACUAUCGUCAGCCUAAUGAGCGCGACGUCCUCGUGUCCAUUCUACCAGGGUGUGAAAUCGGUGGAGCUGUAGAAUUAGCACGACUCUGUACACAAUGGGACGCUUUAUGGAUUUCGAUGGUAGGCUCCAGCCCGAUCACCCGCUCACAACGGUGGCAGUACCCAACGGGAAUAUUCACCGCCUAUUACCGUAUGCCCGACGCUGCGGAACUAUUUACUCAGUUACUGAACAAGUUCAACUGGACAUCGGUGAAUAUCAUCAUCGACAAUAGCUCGCCGGCCUUCUAUGCUGAACUGGGAGCGUUGGUCGUGACGCAUCUAAAGGAUGAAAGACACAUCAGGUACACUGUCUGGACCAUUUACGCGCAGUCAGGUUUACCGUUUGCCGACUUUCCAUCGAUUCUGGAGAAGAUCCGUGCAACAAGUAGAGUUGUGCUGUAUUUUGGUUUGGGGCCGACGUUACGAGAAUUUCUGUUCACAGCCUCCUCUAUGGAAAUGACGAAUGGCGAAUAUGUUUAUGUCUUGGUUGAGAACAAUCUGUUUCGCCCAAUAAAUUGGCAAGCGGGCGAUAGAAACGACUCGAUUAUACUGCAAGCGUUUCGAUCCGUACUGAUGAUCAAUCCAAGCGAAAACAAGAAUAGCAGCUUUGCAAAAAUGCAGCUUGGAGAAGAAAUUCUUCGGCGAACCGAAAGAGAUUUUAAUUUUACCUAUCCUCUACAUAGCCAGCCGUAUAUUCUUAUCGUCAGCGGUUAUACCACAAUCUUUGCACUUGCUAAGCUCGAAAGAAUGGAAAGCGUCAACGUUUGCCAGUUCUUUGGACUGGCCAUAACAGCAUCCCCAAGCGGCGUUUACUUUAUCUCCGCCGUGAUGGAAAGCAGUUCGGUAUAUUCAUUCUUCCUCAGUACAAUACCAUGGGAGAAUCAGUGUCCUAACCUGUUGGGUGGAUAA